UUAAAGGCGCGCACGGCCGUGGCCGCCCUUCUCUCGAGGCCACCUCGGGAGGAGGGAGCUGCAACCCCGCUGGCCAUGGCCAUGGCGUCCCCGGCCAUCGGGCAGCGCCCGUACCGGCUGCUCCUGGACCCGGAGCCGCCGCGCUACCUGCAGACCUUGGGCGCGCCCGAACCCGCCGCGACCCCCGGCCGUUCCCCGCGCCGAUGCGUCCCCGCGCCCACGGCCGCCGCGCCCGGGGCGCACGAGGGACACGGUGCCCGGAGGGCUGCCCGGGGGGACCCGGAGCCCCAGCCUCCUCGGGCCUCGCGAUCCGCUCGCCCUCUCCGGCCUGGGCUGCAGCAGAGACUCCGGCGACGCCCCGGGGCGCCCCGGCCCCGCGACGUGCGGAGCAUCUUCGAGCAGCCGCAGGACCCCCGCGUUCCGGAGGAGCGAGGCGAGGGGCAUCGCUUCGCGGAACUGGCGCUGCGGGGCAGCCGGGGCUGGUGCGACCUGUGCGGACGAGAGGUGCUGCGGCGGGCGCUGCGCUGCGCUAACUGUAAGUUCACGUGCCACCCGGAAUGCCGCAGCCUGAUCCAGCUGGACUGCAGACAGCAGGGAGGGCCGGCCCGGGACAGACCCUCUGCAGAGAGCAGCCACGCUCCACCCUCCCACCAGAAUGCAGGUGCCACCGAGGAAGCGCCCGCGCCGCGGAGCCCGCCCACACUGCAGGAGCUCAAGCAGAAGAUCGAGAGCUACAACACGCGAGAGAAGAACUGCCUGGGCAUGAAACUGAGUGAAGAUGGCACCUACACGGGCUUCAUCAAAGUGCAUCUGAAGCUCCGGCGGCCGGUGACGGUGCCUGCCGGAAUCCGGCCCCAGUCCAUCUACGAUGCCAUCAAGGAUGUGAACCCCGCCAACACCACGGACAAGAGGACGUCCUUCUACCUGCCGCUCGAUGCCAUCAAGCAGCUGCACAUCAGCAGCACCACCACGGUCAGCGAGGUCAUCCAAGGGCUGCUCAAGAAGUUCAUGGUCGUGGACAACCCCCAGAAGUUUGCACUUUUCAAGCGGGUCCAUAAGGACGGGCAAGUGCUCUUCCAGAAACUCUCCGUGGCUGACUGUCCCCUCUACCUGCGCUUACUUGCUGGGCCCAACACAGAUGUCCUCAGCUUUGUGCUAAAGGAGAACGAGACUGGAGAGGUAGAGUGGGACGCUUUCUCCAUCCCUGAGCUCCAGAACUUCCUAACAAUCCUGGAAAAAGAGGAGCAGGACAAAAUUCAACAAGUGCAGAAAAAGUAUGACAAGUUCAGGCAGAAACUAGAGGAGGCAUUAAGGGGUUCCCAGGGCAAAGCUGGCUAACCGGUCCUGCUUCUUCCUCCCCCGGUGCCCUCAAAUUUAUUUUUAUUCUGAAUUAUUAUUUUGCAACAGACAUUUCUUCUCAGGAUGUCUCUGGCAGGGAUGUCUGUCCCAGCCAAUGUUUGCAGAUGUGACCUGGUCUCUGGUGUGAUGUGUGUGGGGUAAGGGCUUGAAGUGGCUGGGCUUAGAGCCCCUGGGAAGGCCUGGGCGCCUCCCAUCAUCUGUGGGCCUCUACAGACAGAACACUUGCUUCUCCAUCAACAAAGUGGAUCUCUUCCUACCAGCUGGCAAAGGAAAAAGAAAUGGUUUUAGAAUUCUGUGUUCUCACACGGGAUUGCUCCCUUUCUACUUCUCUUCUUUGCCACCCACCGUACCUUUAUUUAUGAGAUGAAAGUUGCACCGUGUCCCUUGAGCAGGUCUGAGCUAAGCCCUUGAAUGCAGGAUUAUGCUCAUG